UGCAGUUACGAACUGCGGCUUGCGGUAGUGGACGAGUCCCGAGUGUAAAGGCCGUUCCCGUUUCUAGACACGUGCGUGCCCAGCCACGCACGUUAUUUCUCCUCCAAAGCCGGCUUCUUCCAUCGAUAUCCCCUUCGACGUGGCUUCUUCGGGGCACGAAGAUGGUGGACGUAACGACAGCCCUGCCCUCCACCAAUGGGAUCUCCCUAAUGGGUCGCACCAAGGGUGCCCUUAAAUCCAUGAAGUCCGCCCUUGGGGGAGGAGGGGAAUACCUUCAGGGCCUGGGGAACCGAAUAGGAUCAGCUCUCAGCAGCAGUUUGGAGGAGAGCGAAAUAACCACGACACCCUCCUCGCCGCCUUCUCCUCCACAUCCGACCAUUCAGGCCUCGAAGGAGCAGGAAAUUGGCCGACGAAAGCUCCGACUUCCGAGAUUUGGAGCUGGCCUGUCGUACGAGGAUUACCAGGCGAUCGCCCGUUGUAAAAUUGAGCGACAGGCGAAUAAUGCAAAAUUGACCAGAGCAUUGAAAAAUUAUCCUGGCAUGUCCUACGAGGAGAUCACCUCUUCCAGAUCAACGCCGAAGAAGGAGCCGAGGAAAGAAGAAGAAGUAAGCGACCAAGAUAGUCCAGAAAGUAUAGAGCCUCUCCAAGAAAAGGACAUCAAAGCCACCGGUCCAGAUCCCUAUGAGAAAUUAAAUUUCAAAAUAGACAUACCGUGCAGCAGUGAAUCCACUAGUGACCAGGACGGCGUCGGACCAAGUACGAGUUUGGAGUCCAAUAUGGAUUGCCGUAGGGUAUGGCAGAGAUCAGGCUCGUCUAGUUCGGUCCAAUCUUGGGCUUCCAGUUUAUCAGCCGACAGUCAAUCCGAGGAAGCUGCUGCCGAAUUUAUGAAGACCUUUGUUCCUCUGUUGUUCGAAGCUCCAGAUUCCGUGGAACAGGAGCAAAAAGCGAGUUUCGGCCAAAUGGUGCUUACGGAGUCCGGCAGAGUAUGGUUCUCCAGGGUGGUGAACGCAAGAAGAGCACACGCAUGCGUAUCGGAAGCCUCUUUUUACUCCCUGGCACAGCAUUUUGCUGUCGCCCUUUUUGAGUGCCACGAAGCCGAUGAUUUUGCACCGGCGAAAAGUCUAAUGAACAUGUGCUUCACAUUUUACCACGAAGUCGAAGUUCCAGGAUUGGAGCCUUAUCGUGAGUAUUUGUACACGCAUUUACGCGUGCAACCUAUAUGGACGUCGAUGCGUUUUUGGACGGCUGCGUUUUUUGACGCCGUUCAAUGCGAAAGGGCGACUAGACCAGUUCCUAGGAGAUCUAAAUCUUUGGAUAGAGAGGCCGUUGCUGCCGAUGACAGGAAGUUCCAGGCCAACAUAGUGUUUGGCCAACUUGGAACCUUCACUUGCAACAUGCAUGCUUUCGGUCUGUCGAGAGCACUUUGCCUGGAGUUCCUGAGGAAGCAGUGCGAGAUUGCAAAUUUAACAAUAGAUCAAGAGAAAAUGCUGCGCGACAACAUCGAAAGGAUGUACGACGAAACUGAGCCUUGGAGGCAAUGAGGAAGUUGAUAAGGCCAAGUUUCACGAUAAAGAGCUCGAAUUGACUGAACUUGGUGGUUUGAAAGUCAGUGGCAGGAAUCAGGAUAUCAUUUCAGGAUAUGAUAUGGUUCGGCGGGUGGUUAUCAAUCAGCAUGGUCAAUUAAAAGUAUUCAUUUGCAGGGACGAUAAGGGAUUGCGAUACUUACACGACUCGGAGAAGGGCGCGUUAAAAUACUUUGGCACGUUCAAGAUAGGAUGGAGAAGUGCAUAAUUCUAAUAUGCAUUUUAUUGAUAAGCUGAGAAAGAAUCGGAAGGGAAAAAACGAGACGAAAAAUCAUAGCCUUCCACCGUGUGCAUAAUUUUAAUAACUAGUCUAGAUCAAUCUCUAAAUCGAGUUAGUCUCGUUUAGAAGGAAAAGUGCGCGGAGGAUAUUUAUUUAACGGGGUUACGUUUAUUUAAACUUAACGUUGCAUUUUUACUGUCAUUAUUUUUCUAUUCGAGAGGGCCAUAACGCUAAAUGAGUCGUAGUACCGAGUUUCGUGGGAAUUUGUGGCCUGGAAUAUAUAUAUAAGAAAGAAAUUGCGGAAUUUCCGGGUACGACGAUAACGUGUAAUUAUUGAUAAGGCCUAGAUAAGUGUAUAUAUGUAUACAUGUCGAGAUGUGCAGCGGUACCCGUCCUGUAGAAAUAAUCAGGAAACAGUUUCCUAUCCUGAUCGUGACAAUGUCUCUCAAGUAAGUCUAUCUAGCUGAGACUAAUUGUCUUUUUUCUUUUUUUUUUUUAAUACUUUAAGAUUUAUGUACAUACGACUACGGUGAAGAUUUCCUUGAGAAGAAAUUGCGCUCUUUUUCGAGUCUAAUCGGAUAAACUAAUCGGAGCGGACGACGUAAGAAUUGUUUAAAAAUCGUGCAACUAAUUGGACGGUGCAAUUAUAUUAAUUACAUUAAUUAGUAUGGGUCCAUAUACGAGACGUCUCCUGAAAGUUUAAAUUAAGAGGGAUUUUAUUAGAUCCUUUAAUUGAGGAAAUCCUAAUUUAGAUCUUCUGGGACAAUUGUUGAGCCCAGCUGACUUCAGGGUAAAAAACAUGUUUAUAUUGUCGCUAGUUUCUUUUGCGGCAACGUGCACAAUGGGUAAUCCAGACGUUUCUUGUUCAAGAAAUCUCAUGGCUCCAAUAAAAUUGAUUUUAUAACAAUCAGCAUCCCUUCUUUCGAACGGACAUCCACUUUUUGUCCCUCUUAUUUUUUAUAUGUCAUUUUGUCAGGAUUGACAGGGAAGGGACGGCGAACAAUCAUUUUAACUACGUUUUGUCGAGUCUGCAUUUAAAUGGAUUUUUGCAUACUUAGUGGAUAUGAAAAACACCAGUUCAGUAGAUUAAACGAGAUCGAUGUGCCAUUAAUAUUUUUUACUUUUAGUAAUUUAUUCGCUGUCUAUUCUCAAACUUCCUGGAUUUUUUUUUAAUUGUUUUGUUUUGUCUGUUCUUUUGUGCCCCUUUCCAGAUUUAGGUGGACCACUUUACCGGAUCCAUUUUUUUUUUUCAAGACAUGUUCAUCGCCGCGGAGCUUCUUGGACUUGUUGGUAAAAGGUGUUCAAAGAUGUUAAGGAUGUUUAUCAUUCUCUCCCUCUCUUUCUCUCACUCUUUCUCUCACCCUUUCUCCCUCUAAUGCUAUACGAAAUGAUUAUUACAAUAUCAUAAUAUAUAAUAUAUUCUACAUUACAUUACUAAGUUCGAAAAAUAAUAUUACAAUAUAUAGUGUGUGUAUGCGUGUGAGUGUGUGUCCGUGUAUUAUCAAUUAAUCUUCGUUCUCCUUCGCUUUCCCUCUCGUUCCUUAAUAUAAAUCCGUUGUUACCACUUUUCCUAACAUGCCGCCAUCUUUUAACCCUUAUUCGUUGGAAUUUGAGAAUCCCGGUCUUAUUGGUUAUCUCUGGGCUCGUUAAACAAUGAAAAAUGGACCCAAAACGGGAACACGAUGCUGAACGACAAAAGCGAGGUCCAAUGAUUUUGGGACCUUGCUUUCACGUGUAUUAGUAAUGGAUUGCCUAUUGUUGUAAAAGGUUUGCAUUUUAGUAGGUGAAAAUGAUAAUCUUGCCUCGGAUUCCGAUUUUUCACUGCGAAACGGGCUUUCGGGCCUCGCAAUUGUCUUCAAGAUGGCCGCGCAUACGCGUGCGUAUUAACAGAAAAGGCCCAACACAAAGGGAAAGUACAGAAUCACCGACUGGUAGGCCAAAAUGUCUGCAACAAAAGUCUCUUUAUUCGUUGGUCGUUACUUUAGAAUCGGCAAGAGGUUCGCCAGUGCGUGCGAGGAUUAAAACAUACGUUUGAUUAACUAAAACGAGCCUAAACCGCGGGAACAUCGUGCAACAUGGCGUCCGACACGUACCUCCGAAUUAUCACUUUUAUUAUAUAAAAACCCUCUCUGUGCCGCACGCACGUUGCACGCGUGUCCCUUAUAUCAAAGAUACGAGUUCGUUUCACCGUUUACAAUUUAAGAUGGAUGCUUUUAUUAACGCACACACGUAUACGUAUAUUUCUUCAACGGUGAAUGGUAGUCUAAACGCUUCGCUCGUCUGCCCAGAGGAAGUCUCCACGAGACGCGCGGCCGCCAUUUUGAAAAGACCGCACGGCCCAUUAAACUGAAUAACAAAACUCGAGUUUACAUCAUUAUCUGAACGUUAAAACUUGUACACGAUACUAAACAAGUUGCGGCACCUUACACUGCGUCAACUUAUCGUUAAAAAUCGCCAAAUUAUCGCAAGAUUCUCCGAUUACUAAACUUAGAACAUCCGAGGUGGAGGCGGCGCUGUCGCCGCCGCCAUGUUGGAUCAUCUUACGUCCGCAUAUCGCACUCCACAUAGUAAACGCCAAAUUAUUCAAGGGUGUAACAACGAAAUCACGCAAAAUACAUGGAUAAUCAGUGCGAAGCGGUACUUCGCGGGAAAAAUAACGCAUAAGUAGAGUUAUGGAAAACUCGGCGGUCUCUUGGAGACGAUCUCGAGCAGGUCACGCUAUCCGCACAUAAGUCGUUGAAACUGCACAUAAGUAGUCUUACGAUCGUGUAGAGUGUACUCGUGUGUAAAUGUAAAACCGCUAGGCGCUUUCUUCAUUUAAUUUGAAUAACAACCAUUUUUUUUUGUUUCAUUUGUUUCACUAAAUAUAUCACAAACUGCCGGUGGUCUACGCAGCCUUCGAAUUAACGCUAAACCCUUAUAUCGCGCACGCGCUAACCGAUUACAAUAAUUGUUCGUGUACGUCGACUUCGUAUGGUAGUAUUUCUUUUUUUUUUCUCCUUUAAUAUUCGUUUUGUUGGAGGACGCGGGAAAGGGGUGGAGGAAAGGGUUUAGAGGGACGGGGUGCAUCCCUUUAAUCUCGCAGGCUCGAGUGACCGUGGUUCUCUCAGUCUUUUUGUAUUAUCACGAUUAAACCGUUUAGCGUCAACUUUCGAACGCUACCACCGGAAAAAUAUAACGUUAAGGGGUUACAUGUUAAUAGUUACAUCACUGUCGGGCAGCGCUGAGAUCUCCCAGCCUUUGGAUUUAGGAUCCAAGAACGAUCCUAGAUCCUCGGCCGGCGAUCCAAGAUGGCGCGCGCCCGACAUAAGGUUAGUUUAAAUGUCGAACUAGUAGUUUCUGCAUUAUUAUGCUGCCACAGAAGACUCUCUUUAUCCUUAAAGUGUAAAUACCUUUAUAAAUUCAUAAUCUUAAACCUUAGGUGAUUCUUUAGAGUUCCGAUAGGGGUAGUUCUUUAAGUGCUUGCAUUUUCUUUCUUUCUUUUUUUUUUGUGUGUGUGUGUUAUUUACUUCGUAGGUUACCUUAGUUUUCGUUUAGUUUAAUUUAGACUUCGCGUGUUGGGUUCACGUUACCUAUCUUUUCUUUUUUUUUUCUCUCUCUCUCUUUCUCUCGAAAACUUGUAGUCAAGGGGGGCGAUGAUAUUGUGUUAGGGGCUAGGGGAAGGGAGGGAGGCCGGCUUUUUUGGGUCGUGGAAGAGAGCCAAUUUGGAAAAUAGUACUUUUGCGAGCUGUGUACAUAUAUAUUUAUUUGUAUACUUGUAUAUGGACCUUAGGUGGAACUUAUCUCCUUUAGGUGGUACGCACUGUGUACUUUUUCGAAAUAAAGGAAGAACGGAAGGGUGGACUUGGAUUUUUACGUGCUGAUUGUAGAAAUGGAGAUGUACCUUGUGCCAGUAGAUAUUGUUAACUAAUCGGACGUCAUUCUGGCGAUUCGGAUAAAAACCCAAUGUUCUAUUUUUACAAUUUUCUUCUUUAUUGCCGUGUGCUUUGUCUUUCUGCUCUUCCGGCACAGCGUAAAUAUAUUCUCCGUGUUAUUAAAUAUUUCUCGAGGAAGUGAUUUGCAACGACGCGUUUAACGUGACUCGGAAAGCCGGAAUUCUGUCGGCGAUAUAAUAAAUAUAAGAAUUGCUGUUAACAAUGUACAUUGUAGGUGUGGUGUUGUUGUUAGAAUCGUUACUUUCAAAAAUCGAUGUCAGUCUUUUGUUACCGUCAAUUUGGAGGUUAUUACAAUAUAUUCGGGUGUUCGUUGUUGGUUAAGUUAGGCUUGUGGUUGUUUAUUAAGUUAGUGAAUACAAGAAGAUGACCGCAGUGCUAAAUGAAGUAGUGUGACGUGACUGUGUUCCCAGUUUUCGUUAAAUCCCGCCUAAACGGUGCAUCUAAAGGAAAUAUGUUUCGAACAAAACCUGCGGCACGUUAUGAAUCGAACAACUUUCAUUACAAACAAUUUUUCAUUCGAAGUGCGGUUACGACAGAAAAUCGUAAUAUUCGACACCGUGACGCCAAACAUUUGAAAUUCCUGGAGUACAAGUACACCUUUAAAAUUCCAUUACGAAUGUUCCGAAAAUUCCCGUGCAUUCGAAAAUAAAAAUUCAAAGCGCUAAAAUACCGGGGUUAACGCAUUAAUUGCCCAGAGAUUCGCGAACAAAGAUACUACUAUGUUCCUAGAGGAAACAGUUGAGAAGAAACGGAAAUCAUGUAAGAGACUUCAAUGUUAACUAUCAGAAAGCAAAGAUACUCCUUGUAAAUUAAUAUCACAGAGACAACUAACACAGUAUAUAGUAGAUUUGCAAUUUUUCUCACAUAAAAUAUGAAUUAUAAACCCAUACAAUACAUUUAAGCAUUAAAGAUGGAGUGAUCGGUACGAGCUCUCAAUUAAAAAAAAAAA